UGAUAUAUGACACGUCAAACGCUGACAGAAAACAUGGGAAUCCUGGACUCAAAUUGAUUCUUACUUUGUAAGAAAAUAGUUAAUCACAAAGAUGUCGGAAAACAAUGGCCAUGCGUUGGUUAAGGAGUUACGACAAAGGUAUUUGGAAUGUGGAAUAUGCACAGAGGUUUACGACGAGGGUGUUCAUGUCCCAAAACUACUCCCAUGUCUGCACACAUUUUGCAUAAAAUGCAUUCUCACUAUACACAAAGGGAAUUCUUUGAUGUGUCCAUUAUGUAAUCAGAUGCAUAAACUUAAAAAAGGAGAACUAUCAAAUUUACCAAAGGACAACACAAGACGUGAUUUAACAGAUUUUUUACAAAAACAUAAGAAAAAUGAUGUAGAAAAAUGUGCAAUAUGCAGGAAAAACACACAUUUAUCUGUCGCAUGUGAAACAUGUGUUAUGCGAAUUUGUUCGGAUUGCUUUCCAAAGCACCAGCGCAUCUACCCAAUGCACGAUUUCAUGACAGAAAUGGUUCCAUUUCCUAAUAAAAUAAAAGAAAAUGAUUUGUGUGACCAAACUGGCCACGAUAGAGGGCGUUUACGUUUUUUUUGUAAGGAUUCAAAGUGUGAAAAAGUUCUCUGUGCAACGUGUGUUAUAAUGGAACAUAAAAAUCAUCCAGUAGAAGAUAUUGAUUCAAUGAUUGCUGAUCGAAAAAAAUCUUUUCAACAGUUGCUCCACAGUGUGAGAAAUAAACAUAUCACUGUAAAAGAUCUUGAAAAUAGAUCAAAAAAGAGUAUUCAAUUUCUGAAUGAUCAGGCAAAAGCAUACAGCAAACAAAUAAACGAUUCGUACGAUAAAGGUGUCCAAAAGCUUCGUGAAAAAAGAAAAAGGGUUAUUGACUGCUUAGAAAAGGUACACGACAGAAAUGAAAAGCGUUUGAAUACAACGAAUGAAAAAUUGACAUCAUUUCUUAUGAAUGCAAACGAAUGCUGCAAAAUAUCAGAAGAGCUUCUGGAAAACUCUUCUAACAUUUCAUUUUUGACGCUUGAACGGACUGUGCGUGAACAUCUGCGCAAUUUUUUGAUUUCUGAGAUAGACCAAUUAGACGUUCAAGGAAACAGUCUUUCAAAUGAAAUAGAUGAAAUUUCAAAUAAAUUUGAAGCUAUAAUAAAUCACUUAGAUAAAGUGGACGGAACAAAACAAGCAGCUAUAAUGCAGGUGGCUAGAUUUUUACCAUAUGCCAGCAUAGCGAAUAUCCAGAAGAUUGGACGAUUUCUAUACCAGUGUCUUAAACUGAUAAUUAUUUCACUGAUCCUACUAGGAAUAGUAGGUCCAUUCUUUGCUGCGAAAACACCAAUGCAUGAAAUUGAUUCAGGAUAUGUUCCAGGUUUACAUUUUGAUAUAGAAGGCAACAAUCCAUAUAUGUUUCCAUGUAACACGGCUGACAACAAAACAGUGUCGACAAGGAUGAGUGAAAGCGGUAUGAUUUGCAGACAGUCUCAACACAGCAAUAGACGGAUUUAUGGAGAAAAAGGAUUCAGUAGAAGGAAAGAAUAUCACUUGGAUAUUAUACUUUUAAUUGAAACUAAAAUCAAUAAAAAGAAAAAAGAAAAAAACAUUCAUUUUGAGAGAAGAGACGUAAAUGAUAUCAUAUUUGAAUUUGGUAUAACAACUAAAAAGGACGAUAGUUCAUUAUACUUGUAUGAGAGGAAACAUAAUUCAUGGGUAAUAACAGGAUAUGCAUGCAAAAACGAUGUGGGAAUUUGUUUGCGAACUAAUGAAAAACAACUAUUUUCCGAAAAAUCAAUAUUUAAGAGCAGGAAAAAUAAAAGCUUCAAAGAAGCUUCUUUUACAGUUAAAAUUGAACUACAGAAACGUAGGUGUGAAAUAUUGUCAAAUGAUGUCCCUCUGCAUACCUUCAAAAACGUAUCCAAUGAGUUUUUUGUGUGGCCUGUAUAUGGAAUUUAUGAUGACAAGAAAUAUAUUUCGAUUACAAUAACAUCUGCAGGUCAGCUGUUUGACAAGUCAACACUCUUCCCUAAUGUUCCUUUAUUUAUAUCCGGAGAAAAAACAAUAUUUGCUAACCGAAAUUCAACACCUGGUACAAAAACAGCACUGUUUAAUGAGUUCCAAAGAUUUGUUUCGAUUAAACCCUUAGAUAACUUUCAUCGUUAUGAAAACAUAAUUCACAUACUGGAUAUAGCAAUUCCUGAAUUUAUAAAUUUACCAAAUAAUACUGUACUUCUAGAAAUUGGAUUCAUGAUAGAGACUCCUAACAAGGAUACUGUGAUCAUUGAAACAAAGAUUCUCAUCACUAAUAGCUUCACGUAUUACACAAGCGUGUUCGGUUUAAAGAAGUCAGUGGCUUACUGCAUAGGAGAUUCGUUAAACAAAUUGAAAGUAUGCAGUCUGGCAGGAUGGUUUUCCGGUUUGCAUUAUGUUGAUAGUACCUCAGUUGUCAAUACUGCUAUGUCUAAAAUGUUUAGUAAAUAUGUCGAACAGUGGCAAGGCAAUUUACAAUCAGAGAAAGCUUUAUCUGGUAAAGGGGGUAACAAACUUCGCACAUAUAAUUUGUUUAAGAACAGUUUUGAAACGGAAACUUAUUGUAAAAUUCCAAAGCCAUUUUCGCAAAGGAGUUCUUUUGCCAAAUUUCGAUGUGGUGUAGCACCACUAAGAAUAGAAACGGGGAGAUUUGAAAAAUUAAUUUUAAAAGAUCGAGUAUGUGAUAAUUGUACGAAUGUUUUAGAAGAUGAAGCCCAUGUUAUUUUAUCGUGUCCUUUGUAUGAUGAUUUUAGAAAAACAUUAUUUGAUGAAGCAACACAUUUUAAUAGUGAGUUUAUGUCUUAUGAUGAUAAACAGAAAUUAGUGUUUUUAUUUACAGAUAAUAAUAUGAUUCGUAGCUGUGCCAAAGCCUUUUAUUAG